GCUUAUUAUGAGAAAUGAAUGAUGUUGUUGCUAAUUUUCUGUCGGUCUUGUUUAAUUGUGAGUUGCUGAGUUAGGUUUAAUUGUGAGUUGCUGGAUUUAAAUUUGAGUAGUUGAGUUAAUAAUAAUGAUUUUGUUAAUAUUUGCUUAGUGAGUUGCUGAUUUUCUGAAAUGAUGUUGCUGAUUAUGGGAAAUGAAUGAUGUUGUUGCUUAUUUUCUGAUGGUCUUGUUUAAUUCUAAGUUGCUGAGUUAGGUUUAAUUGUGAGUUGUUGGGUUUAAGUUUGAGUUGCUAAGUUAAUAAUAAUGAUUUUGUUAAUGUUUGUUUAUUUUGAGUUGCUGAUUUUCUGAAAUGAUGUUGCUGAUUAUGGGAAAUGAAUGAUGUUGUUGCUGAUUUUUUGAUGGUCUUCUGAGUUACUAAGUUAGGUUUAAUUAUGAGUUGCAGGGUUUAAGUUUGAGUUGCUGAGUUAAUAAUAAUGAUUUUAUUAAUGUCUGCUUUUUCUGAGUUGCUGAUUUUUUGAAAUGUUGUUGCUGAUUAUGGGAAAUGAAUGAUGUUGUUGCUGAUUUUCUGAAGGUUAAAUUUUUGUUGGCUGCUGAUUUUCUGAUGGUUAAAUUUUUUUGGCUCUAUAUUGAACAUUAUGUUUGUCAUUUAUUGUGCGAUUUGAUCUACUUUAGUUAUAAACUUUGAUGUUUGAUGUUGUUUAUGAACUUUUAUUGAUAAAUUGUUGAUAAUUUAUUAGGUAAAAGUGUGAAAUUUUAAAUUUUAUUAGGUUAAAAAUUAUUAAAUUUAAAUAUUUGGACUUAUAUGUUGAAUUUUUAAUAAUUUUAUUUAAUAUUUAAUUAAAUCAGUUGAACUUUGGUUGAAUCCCGGUCGAACCAUUAAACCAAUGAACCAGUUAAUUUACCCGUUCAUUGAUCGGUUCGGUUCUCGCAACCUAAGUGACAAGAGGCAUUUUGGAUAUCAUUGGGAACUUGCAACUGAUUUGUGUAGCAUACACACUUCACAUGAGGAAUAAAAUUAGUACCUAUUUAAACUUGAAGUCUUGAUGGUGGCUACUUAUAUGAUUAAGGAUUAUAGGAACAAAGUUGAAUCUGAGUUGACUGAUAUCUGCACUGAUAUCAUGGUUUUUAUUGAUGAAUACCUUAUUCCAUCUUGUUCUGGUGGUGUACCUAGUGUCUUCUUUUAUAAGAUGAAGGGGAACUAUUAUGGCCGAAAUCAAGUAUGGUGAUAAGAGAAAAGAGGCUGCUGAUCAGUCCUUGAAAGCAUAUCAGUGUAAUUCAUUCAAUAAACCAGAGCGGUGGCAUAUUUCACUUAAAAGUUUCUCCAAGACGGAAGCCUCUGCUCAGAUGGGUAUACUGAAGUGUCUGGGACUGCCCAGGCAUCAGGUUUUCACGGCCAAAAAGUAUCUUAAUGUAUCGAGCUUCUCCUGUCUUCACACAGCACAAAAUUCCUCAGUGGAAGCUCACUCACAAGAUGAGGAUGUGGUGAUUGCUUUGGGAAGUAAUGUAGGUAAUAGGGUUCAUAACUUCAAGGAAGCCUUGAAAAUGAUGAAGAAGUCAGGCAUACAGGUCACAAGGCAUGCUUGUUUGUAUGAGACAGCACCAGCAUACAUUACUGAUCAACCUUGCUUUAUCAACUCUGCAGUUAGAGCUGUUACUAAACUAGGUCCACAUGAAUUAUUGGCUGCGCUCAAAAGAAUUGAGAAGAACCUCGGGCGAACUGAUGGAAUAAGGUAUGGUCCAAGGCCAAUCGACUUAGACAUUUUAUUCUACGGUAAAUAUAAAGUUAGAUCUGAUAUUCUCAAUAUACCUCAUGAAAGAAUUUGGGAGCGGCCUUUUGUUAUCGCCCCUUUGGUGGAUUUACUGGGAUCAGCUAUUGACAAUGAUACAGUUGCUAGUUGGCAUUCAUUUUCGAGCCAUUCUGGUGGACUAUUUGAAUUAUGGGAAAAAUUAGGCGGGGAAUCACUUAUUGGACAGGAAGGUAUAUGUAGGGUAAUGCCUGUUGCAAAUAGCUUACUUGAUUGGUCCUUGAGAACUUCCGUUAUGGGCAUCCUUAAUUUGACCCCAGAUAGUUUUAGUGAUGGGGGGAAUUUCCCGUCUGUGGAAUCUGCUGUAUCGCAAGUUCGAUUAAUGAUUUCAGAGGGAGCAGAUAUAAUUGAUAUUGGUGCUCAGUCUACGCGACCAAAGGCAUCUAGGAUCUCUGUUGAAGAAGAAUUAAGUAGAUUAAUCCCUGUCCUAGAAGCUGUAAAGUCAAUGCCUGAGUUAGAGGGAAAGCUCAUAUCUGUUGAUACUUUCUACUCUGAUGUUGCUUCAGAAGCAGUUAGUAGAGGGGCUCAUCUUAUAAAUGAUGUAUCUGCAGGGCAGUUAGAUCCUAAUAUGUUCAAGGUCAUUGCAGAUCUAGAUGUUCCUUAUGUUGCGAUGCAUACGAGGGGGGAUCCAUGCACUAUGCAGAGCAGUGAAAACCUGAAAUAUGAUGAUGUUUGCAAGAAGGUGUCCUCCGAGUUAUAUUCAAGGGUUAGGCAGGCAGAACUGUCAGGAAUCCCAGCAUGGAGGAUCAUUAUUGACCCUGGUAUCGGAUUCUCAAAAAAACCUGAAUACAAUUUGGAUAUCCUCACAGGACUUCCUGCUAUCCGAGCUGAGAUUGCCAAGAGUAGCUUUGCCAUCUCUCGUGCUCCUAUACUUAUUGGACCUUCAAGAAAGAGAUUUCUAGGUGACAUUUGUUCCAGACCUUCUGCUGUUGAGAGGGAUCCUGCUACCAUUGCUUCUAUAACAGCGGGUGUUCUGGCUGGAGCUAACAUUGUUAGGGUGCAUAAUGUCAAAGAUAAUUGUGAUGCUGUGAAGCUUUGCGAUGCAAUUCUAAAACGUAAACGUUCGGCCAUGGAAUCUAGACAAUGAAUUUGUCACCAACUCUGAUGCUGAAUUCUUCUAUACAUGGACUUGGCUUUAUGCAACAAAGCCAUUGCUGAAUUUGUUUGCCAUGUCACUCGCAUCUUAAGGUCAUGUAAAACACUGACUGGAGCAGAGAAGCAUGGAGUACAAUUAAUGAAAGUGUAUGUCAAAUGGGAGUAAAGCUUACACACCCAAAAUAAUCAGCAUGUCCUUACCAGUGUUGAAUAAACUUUAGUAAUGAAGAGUGAAGAUUGCGUUUUUUCUUUUUCAGAAUAGAAAAAGUCCACCAAUAAAAAUUUAUCAUGUGCAUUAUCUUCACUCUUGACCCAAUUCUAUUCAACUAAGAAAUUCCCAUAAA